AUGGAUACUGUAAAGGAACGGGUUUUUGCUCCGGCCAAAGAGGGGAUCAAAAAUUUUGCUGGAAAGUCCCUUAGCCACUUGUACAGAGUCCUAGAAAAGAGGCAGCAACCCGCAGAGAAUAUCGAGCUGACGGAAGAUGGAAGGGUACAGAAUGUCAGGCCGAAGAAACCGCCACUCUGCGAUUGUACCUGCUUUGGGCUACCACGCAGGUAUAUCAUCGCCAUCAUGAGUGGCCUGGGCUUUUGUAUCUCCUUCGGAAUCAGGUGUAAUCUUGGUGUAGCUAUCGUGGACAUGGUCAACAAUAGCACCAUUCAUCACGGGAAUACAAUUAUUAAGAAGAAAGCGACGUUUAACUGGGACCCCGAGACAGUAGGAAUGAUCCACGGUUCUUUUUUCUGGGGAUAUAUCCUCACGCAGAUUCCUGGAGGUUACAUAGCGUCUAGAUUGGCGGCGAACAGAGUAUUUGGUGCUGCCAUCUUUCUCACCUCAACUCUCAAUAUGCUCAUCCCAUCUGCAGCUAAAGUGCACUAUGGUUUUGUGAUAUUCGUCAGGAUCCUGCAGGGACUGGUAGAGGGAGUCACAUACCCAGCCUGCCAUGGCAUUUGGAGUAAGUGGGCUCCACCAUUGGAGAGAAGCAGACUGGCAACCACUUCAUUUUGUGGUUCAUAUGCCGGAGCAGUUGUUGCUAUGCCUCUAGCUGGGAUUUUAGUACAAUACACUGGAUGGCCCUCUGUGUUCUAUGUGUACGGAUCUCUUGGAAUAGUGUGGUAUAUGUUCUGGAUUCUGGUAUCCUAUGAAAGCCCUGCAGCACAUCCAACUAUCACAGAUGAGGAACGCACUUACAUUGAAGAAAGCAUUGGAGAAAGUGCCAAACUUAUUGGAGGAAUAGAUAAAUACAAAACACCAUGGAGAAAGUUCUUUACCUCUAUGCCCGUCUAUGCAAUAAUUGUGGCGAAUUUCUGUAGAAGCUGGACUUUCUAUUUGCUGCUGAUUAGCCAACCUGCCUACUUUGAAGAAGUGUUUGGAUUUGAAAUCAGCAAGGUGGGCAUUCUAUCAGCUUUGCCCCAUCUUGUCAUGACCAUUGUGGUACCCAUUGGUGGACAGAUUGCUGAUCACCUCAGAAGCAAGAGGAUACUUUCAACCACAAAUGUCAGGAAGAUAAUGAACUGUGGAGGCUUUGGCAUGGAAGCAACAUUUCUUCUUGUGGUAGGCUAUUCACAUACCAAAGGGGUUGCAAUUUCAUUCCUUGUCAUGGCUGUUGGUUUCAGCGGUUUUGCUAUAUCAGGAUUCAAUGUUAACCAUUUGGAUAUAGCACCAAGAUAUGCCAGUAUUCUCAUGGGAAUUUCCAAUGGUGUGGGAACACUAUCUGGAAUGGUCUGUCCAGUAAUUGUGGGAGCAAUGACAAAGAACAAGACACAGAGAGAGUGGCAGUAUGUCUUUCUAAUUGCGGCCUUGGUGCACUACGCAGGAGUCAUUUUUUAUGGCCUUUUUGCAUCUGGUGAGAAACAGCCUUGGGCAGACCCCGAACAAACAAGCGAUGAAAAAUGUGGUUUUAUACAUGAAGAUGAACUGGCAGAAGAAACUGGGGACAUUACUCAGAAUUAUGGCACAACAAAGUCUUAUGGGGCCACCACUUAUAGCAACGGUGGUUGGCCAAAUGGCUGGGAAAAAAAGGAAGAGUUUGUACAAGAGGAAGUUAAAGAUUCCUACUACUAUAAAGAACAUGAAGAAGGGGACUAUUCAUAA